AUGCACCGGCCGCGCCGCCGCGGGGCGCGCCCGCCGCUCCUGGCGCUGCUGGCCUCGCUGCUGCUGGCGGCGCGCGGGGCCACUGCCCAAGAAACAGAGUUGUCAGUCACUGCUGAGUUAGUGCCUACCUCAUCAUGGAACAUUUCAAGUGAGCUCGACAAAGAUUCUUACCUGACCCUCGAUGAGCCGAUGAAUAACAUCACCACGUCCCUGGGGCAGACGGCUGAACUGCACUGCAAAGUCUCGGGGAAUCCACCUCCCACCAUCCGCUGGUUCAAAAAUGAUGCCCCUGUGGUCCAGGAGCCCCGGAGGAUCUCCUUUCGGGCAACCAACUAUGGCUCUCGACUGCGAAUUAGAAACCUUGAUACCACAGACACAGGCUACUUCCAGUGUGUGGCGACAAAUGGCAAGAAAGUGGUUUCUACCACCGGAGUCUUGUUUGUCAAGUUCGGCCCCCCUCCCACUGCAAGUCCAGGAUCUUCAGAUGAGUACGAAGAAGAUGGAUUCUGUCAGCCGUACAGAGGGAUUGCCUGUGCAAGAUUUAUUGGCAACCGCACUGUCUACAUGGAGUCUUUGCACAUGCAAGGGGAAAUAGAAAAUCAGAUCACAGCUGCCUUCACCAUGAUCGGCACCUCCAGUCACCUAUCUGAUAAGUGUUCUCAGUUCGCCAUCCCUUCCCUGUGCCACUAUGCCUUCCCUUACUGUGAUGAAACCUCGUCGGUCCCAAAGCCCCGGGACUUGUGUCGCGAUGAAUGUGAAAUCCUGGAAAAUGUCCUGUGUCAAACAGAGUACAUUUUUGCGAGAUCAAAUCCCAUGAUACUGAUGAGGCUGAAACUGCCAAACUGUGAAGAUCUCCCUCAGCCCGAGAGUCCCGAAGCUGCAAACUGUAUCCGGAUUGGAAUUCCCAUGGCGGAUCCCAUCAAUAAAAAUCACAAGUGCUAUAACAGCACAGGCGUGGACUACCGGGGCACCGUCAGUGUGACCAAAUCGGGGCGCCAGUGCCAGCCCUGGAAUUCCCAGUAUCCCCACACUCACACCUUCACCGCCCUCCGCUUCCCAGAGCUGAACGGAGGACACUCCUACUGCCGCAACCCGGGAAAUCAGAAGGAAGCGCCCUGGUGCUUCACCUUGGAUGAAAACUAUAAGUUUGACCUGUGCGACAUCCCAGCAUGUGAUUCAAAGGAUUCCAAGGAGAAGAAUAAAAUGGAAAUCCUGUACAUACUGGUGCCUAGUGUUGCCAUCCCCCUGGCCAUUGCUUUGCUCUUCUUCUUCAUUUGUGUCUGUCGCAAUAACCAGAAGUCGUCAUCACCUCCUGUCCAGAGACAACCGAAACAUGUCAGAGGUCAAAAUGUAGAGAUGUCAAUGUUGAACGCGUAUAAACCCAAGAGCAAGGCUAAAGAGCUGCCUCUUUCUGCUGUACGUUUUAUGGAAGAGUUGGGUGAAUGUGCCUUUGGAAAGAUCUAUAAGGGCCAUCUCUAUCUCCCAGGCAUGGACCAUGCUCAGUUAGUUGCUAUAAAGACCUUGAAGGACUAUAACAACCCUCAGCAAUGGACAGAAUUUCAACAGGAAGCCUCCCUGAUGGCAGAACUACACCACCCCAACAUUGUCUGCCUUCUGGGAGCUGUCACUCAGGAACAACCUGUGUGUAUGCUUUUUGAGUAUAUGAAUCAGGGAGAUCUCCAUGAGUUCCUUAUCAUGCGGUCCCCACAUUCAGAUGUUGGCUGCAGCAGUGAUGAAGAUGGGACUGUAAAAUCCAGCCUGGAUCAUGGAGAUUUUCUACAUAUUGCAAUUCAGAUUGCAGCUGGCAUGGAAUACCUGUCUAGUCACUUCUUUGUUCAUAAGGAUCUUGCAGCUCGCAAUAUUUUAAUUGGAGAGCAACUUCAUGUGAAGAUUUCAGACCUUGGGCUUUCCAGAGAAAUAUAUUCUGCUGAUUACUACAGGGUGCAGAGUAAGUCUUUGCUGCCCAUUCGCUGGAUGCCCCCUGAAGCCAUCAUGUAUGGCAAAUUCUCUUCUGAUUCAGAUAUCUGGUCUUUUGGAGUUGUCUUAUGGGAGAUUUUCAGUUUUGGACUCCAGCCAUAUUAUGGAUUUAGUAAUCAGGAAGUGAUCGAAAUGGUGAGAAAACGACAGCUGUUGCCAUGCUCUGAAGACUGCCCACCCAGGAUGUACAGCCUCAUGACAGAGUGUUGGAAUGAGAUUCCUUCCAGGAGACCAAGAUUUAAAGAUAUUCACGUCCGACUUCGGUCCUGGGAGGGACUCUCAAGUCACACCAGCUCUACUACUCCUUCCGGCGGAAAUGCCACCACUCAGACAACCUCCCUUAGUGCCAGCCCAGUGAGUAAUCUCAGUAAUCCCAGAUAUCCCAAUUAUAUGUUCCCGAGCCAGGGUAUUACACCACAGGGCCAGAUUGCUGGUUUCAUCAGCCCACCAAUACCUCAGAACCAGCGAUUCAUCCCCAUCAAUGGAUACCCAAUACCUCCUGGAUAUGCUGCAUUUCCAGCUGCCCACUAUCAGCCAGCAGGUCCUCCCAGAGUGAUUCAGCACUGCCCACCUCCCAAGAGUCGGUCCCCCAGCAGUGCUAGUGGGUCGACUAGUACUGGUCAUGUGACCAGCUUGCCUUCAUCAGGAUCCAAUCAGGAAGCAAAUAUUCCCUUACUACCACACAUGUCGAUUCCAAAUCAUCCCAGUGGGAUGGGUAUCACCGUUUUUGGCAACAAAUCUCAAAAACCCUACAAAAUAGACUCAAAGCAACCGUCUUUGCUAGGAGACUCCAACAUUCAUGGACACACCGAAUCUAUGAUUUCUGCAGAACUGUAAAAUGCACGACUUUUGUAAAUGUGGUAUACAGGAGAAACUAGAAAGUCGUAGAAAAGAUUUAUAUUCAAAUAUUUUUAUUAAAGUAAGGUUCUCAUUUAGCAGACACUGCAACAAGUAUCUUCUGUGAAGUUUAACUGUGUCUUACCAACCAGGGCAGACACCAGCCAGAAAAGAAACGUUGUGGGAUCAACACUCCAUCAGGGUGUAUGCCCUGACACUGGGAUUGGGACAUCUGGUUUCAAGUACUGAGCACUGUAAACCAAUGAAGAGGAAAAGGACCUUAUGAUUAAGUAUCAAACCAAAAAGGAAAGUCAAAUGGUGCUUUAUGUAUUCACCUUUGGUCACCAUGACUGUUCUCUCUCCAAAAUGUAUAUACCAUAGCAUUUGUCUACCUGCUGUCUUUUCUUCAGGACAGAUGUUCAGGAAUUACGUUGAUUCAGUUUAGAUUCUAUGCAUGUUUGUAUGGAAGUGAUGUUCAGAAUCAAUGAGGAAACUUUAGGCCAAAUUUAAAAUCCCAAAUGGAAAUGAGCCAUAAAACAAGUGUAAGUUUCUAAGACAAGUGUAAGAUUCUGAAGCCUUCUAUACAGUGGGGCUUCUUGGAGAAGGUGCAGAGUACACUUCUCUCUGAAUCUCCUAUGUUGAUCAUGAAGGCCUUUUCCACAGUUUACACAAGCCCUUGAAAUAACUAGGGCAUCAGAUCGUAAGAAGGCUAGAUAUGGAUGCUGAAGUUGUUUGUGGAUUGAUAGUUCUCUGUGUUGCAUUAGAAAUGAGGCACCAAAGGCAGCAGAGUCCGAAAAGCGGCCUCUUGGCCUAGAUCAGCAUCCGUGGGAAGGGAACAGGGUUCCCACGGGGACAGCCUCACAGAAGCGUCCCUGGACCAGUAAUGUUGAAGAAUAGCGGUGUGGCUACAGAUCAGCUCAUCUGUGCUUGCCUCCUCCUGCAUAUGAGUUGCCCAAGGUAUGGGAGUACACACCAUCAGUGGACUCUGGGGAAGGAGGAAACUGUUAUCAAUAUCUAGUUAAUUUAAAGUUUCUCACACUUUAUUUUGUUAUCUGGAAAUGUUCACAGAUUUUAUUCCAGCACCAAGAGUUUAUAUGACAGUUUAUCCAUAGAGU